UGUGCUGUUAAAGCAUAUUUUCUGUUUCAGCUGGAAGCRCUGUACAAAAAAGCAGCACCGAAGGCCUUUAGAGCUGUGCAAAUCAUCAAAUUAUCAAAUGGAAGCGUUGUUGCAGAAAGUGUCGCGCUGUACAACUAUGAAAACAAUGAAACACAAAUCCAGUUUCUCAACACUCAGCUUGAUUCUGUGCUGACUGAUAUCUUGAACGACACAAAGAACCUUGUCGGCAUCUCUCAGGCUUUUGGGAGUGACAUAGUAUUGCAUGAACUCACCUUGCAGCCACCUCCAAUUUCAAGCAUUUUGGACCUGCAUUCUUAUGUUAACUGCUCUGCAUAUGCCRACUACACUGCUGAGAUUAUUGAUAAUAAAUGGCAAUGUGUUGGACCUUGCAAAGCAAAUCCUGGUUACUGUCAUCAGCAUGGAGAUUGUUUCAAUGAUGUUCAGAAUGGGCCUAUAUGCAAAUGCUACAAAAAUAACUUUGAGCAGUACCAUGGUCCUCAGUGUGAGUUCUUCAGCAGACGCCCAGCUUUCUACGGAGCAUUGUUUGGAUCACUGGCAGCUGCAAUCCUCAUUAUGGUCAUCACAUUUGCCUUUAUUUUCAUAAGAAGACGACAAAGUCGUCRUUGCAGCAGCAUCUUGCCUUCUUUCGAGGAAGAGUAUUUUGAUCCGUCUAGAACAGGUAAUUGUUACUCUGGAUUUCGAGGCAGGAACAGGAGCUAUUAGGGAAUAUUUGCACCAGAUCCCAGGUUUCCACAAAACAUCCUGCAGUUCUGCUCAACUAUAUUUGAAGACGACAUACCUAAACAAAUUCAAUGUUUUAAAUGUUAAGUGAAUAAAGACAACUGAGCUGCAAACAACAUUUAAUGUAAAGUCAAAUAUAUGUACUGUUUUUGAUUUUUUGUGUGGUUUUUGUAUUGAUUGUAUUUAGUAUAAUAGUCUCACAAAAACCUGUUCAUCUUGUAUUGCUUGAUAAGAUAUGAGCUUUUUUGUGCCACUGCCACAAUCACUGCCUCACUGUGACAAUAAAAAUGCAACAAAUUUUAAUCUAGCACUUUUGUCCAAAAGCAGUACAUUAAACAUUAUUUAAGGAAUACAA